AAUCCAUCCGAUCCUUUCUCGCAUCUACUCCGUACUCCCUCAUUCUCUCUCUAAGCUCUCCAUAUACAUCCCUUUUCGUCUCUCUCUCAUGGAAUGUUUACAAGGGAGAGAAGGGCAUUCUGAGGAAGAAGAGGAAGAAGAAAGGCACAUGACUGUAGAUGAAAUGGGCAAGUACCCAUUUCAAUUAUCUCAAUCUUCUUCUUCUCCAUCUCCAUCUUCUCAGUAUAAAGGUCUUUACGGCCUGUGGGGGCCAUUGGUAUCAGAAGAAUAUGAACGGCAUGAUCAUAACGUCCCAAAGAUCCCUGGCCGAGAGGUGUUCACCAAUUCAAAACAUCUUGAUCUCAUGGAUUUGUCCACGAAUCACAACCACGCCGGAGACAGAAACAGCAGCAGCAUCCAGGAUUCUAGCCUUGAGAGAGAACACAUGUUUGAUAAGGUCGUCACGCCAAGCGAUGUGGGUAAGCUUAACCGCCUUGUCAUACCCAAACAGCAUGCCGAGAAGUACUUCCCUCUCAAUUCGUCGGCCAAUGAGAAAGGCCUGCUAUUGAAUUUCGAAGACCUGACUGGCAAGGUGUGGCGGUUCCGUUACUCCUACUGGAACAGCAGCCAGAGCUAUGUCAUGACCAAAGGGUGGAGCCGGUUUGUCAAGGAUAAGAAGCUCGAUGCAGGUGACAUCGUAUCAUUCGAGCGAGGGGCUGCAGAAUCUGCCAAGGACCGUCUCUACAUUGACUGGAAGCACCGGCCGAAUGCCCCACCGCUGGUCCACCUUCCGCAUCCACUUCCAUUGCACAAAUCAGUCCCAUGGAGCCGCAUCUUACUGCCACAGACUGUCCCUACAUCGGUGUCACGGACCCAAUUGCACUUGCAGCAGCUGAAAUAUGGCCACCGGAGUUGCAGCGGGCCAUAUGGUUACAAUGUGGUAAACCCACCCGGGUCAGUUUUUUAUCUGCGGCCACCAGGCCAACAACAGGUGGGGGGAGAGAAGCAAGGUGAUGAGGACAGAAAUGCCGGCCCACCGGUUGUUUUCAAUUCCAUGCCUGUGGUCCACAGUAAUGCCACUGAGCCCAAGCGUCUGAGGCUGUUUGGCGUGAACCUUGAGUGCCCCACAGCUGAAGAUGCAGAUCGAGACGUUUUAUCAUCAUCAGUUAUACAUCAUACAUGGGCUUCUUCUCUUCCUCCCCACCCAUUAAAGCUCUUCAAUGGUGGCCCACCAUUGACAGCACCAGAAGAGUUGCCAAGGAAAGGGAAGAUGUCCUUGUCCUUGGACUUGGAUAUAUGAGAGAAGAAAAUAUGGUUCUAGAUUCUCUCCAAGAUCUCUUAUUUGAUCUCUUACUACGAGGGAAUUCUUCUUUCAAUCUGCCGAGGAUACAAAGAAAAAGCUUCUGACGUUGAUUACUGGAAAGACUGUAUAUCAGAGAUAGCAAUGUAUUUUCAUUGCUCUUUCUUCAUUAGAGCAUAGAAAAUGGUUUAGAUUGUGUUUCGAUGCAAUAUUGAAUUGAAUUGCAAUUACUGGUCCCUUUGUUUUGGUGGGCUCUCAAAACUAACUUGCAUUCCUUUCAAGCCGAACUUGAGAAUACCGUAAAUCUAGAAUUCAAGCCCUAUUCCCUCAGUUGAAUAUUGAGGAAGGUAAUUGCAAUUGGGGAACUUCCACUUUAUUGAACCAAACCAUUGGAAUUCAAUUCAAUGAUGCAUCCAAACACAGGAGUGUUCUUUUUUAAUGGCUAGAGAGAGUUGUGUACUACAGUUUUUUUUUUUUUUUUUAACUGUAUAUAUAGAUAUAGAUAUAGAUAUAGAUAGAGAUAUAGACCCAUGUCCUACAUAUGACAUUUUCCUUCUUUAGAGCCUGGAUUCCAGAGAUGCAUCCAUGCUAUAUUUCGAUUCUCUUGGUCAUUAAUACGUAAAAAUUGUCUUUGUUUCUUC